GAAGAAAGGACGGACGAUGAUACGUGGUCGGCUGAUAUGAGCCCAAGAACCAACGCCGGUGACGAUCUCCUUCCUGUUCCAAAACUGUCGGCUAAUCUGAACCUCACAGUAUUUACUCCACGAUUUCAAUACCAGCAUCGGCCAUGGGCCCCGCUCCAGCGACCUCCAGCAUCCACCGUCGAUCUUUCUCUCUCUUCGUUUGCUCCGCCGUGGUCUCCCCGACAUCUUCACUCCUCCUUCCUCCGUAGCCACCCUCUUGUUACCGUCUCCGGAGCGCCUGAACCGCCGGUUAGUUUCUCUAGGGAAUUUCGUCCAACACCCGGAUGGCGUCUCUUGGGUCUCUGCAGUUCCUCAUCGAGCCCAGGGCAGAGAGCUCGCUGCUUCAUUACUGUACCAAUCGGCGCCAACCCAGAUUGGGUUCGUUCGGCUCUCGGCCGAGGAAGUCGCCGGUUCUGCUUCGUUUGAGGGGCUUAGCUUGUGGGUGGUCGGGGUUGCGAGCUGCUGAAGAUGGCUCGCUCAAGUGUUCAUUUUGCUGUGGCAGGAUGUUAGGUUUGCAUGACAGGGGCCGGUUCUUGAGUGUGAGAGCGGCUGCGAGGGGGCCUGCGGAAGGCGAUGGCGUUGAUAAUGUAGAAACUGAGGACAAGCUCGAGGCCACCAUUGAGAAGAGCAAGAGGGUUCUUGCAAUGCAGAGAGACCUGCUCAAUCAGAUUGCUGAGAGAAGAAAAUUGGUUUCUACUAUAAAGAACAGCACGAUUAGUGCAACAGAGGCUGAAACUGCAUAUGAAGAUGGGAUGAACAGUUCUUCACAUCAGGAUGUUGCUUCAACUUCUAGCAACUAUACUACUUUUGAAGAUAAUGUUCUUGGAGAAACAAAUGGGCAAAGUUUUCCAGGGAGCCCACCGCAUUCGACAAUGGGGGUACCAGAAAGAGUACUAACUGAACAACUUGAUAAAGCAGAGAGAAAACUUGGACGUCAGUUUUCUUCUGAGGCGACACCUUCCAGUGGUGAUUCUGCAGAACAUUUGAACAACAUCAGUUCAGAUUCAGUUCGGUCCAGAGAGAUACCAUCAUUUCUUUCAAGUACCUUGGAGGUUGAAUCUUUAGAAGUGGAACAGGAUGAAAGUUUGGAGGAAUCAAGCCUUCAGGAUGUUGAUAAUGAGACAGCAGAUCCAGUCUCUGAGGACAUGGAACCCCCUCCUUUGGCUGGACCAAAUGUCAUGAAUGUUAUAUUGGUUGCUGCAGAAUGUGCUCCAUGGUCUAAAACAGGUGGGCUUGGAGAUGUGGCUGGAUCUUUACCAAAAGCUUUGGCUCGUCGGGGGCAUAGAGUUAUGGUUGUGGCACCUCGAUAUGGCAACUAUGCUGAAACCCAACAAAUAGGCGAGAGGAGAAUGUACAAGGUUGAUGGCCAGGAUCAUGAGGUAACAUAUUUCCAGGCCUACAUAGAUGGUGUGGAUUUUGUUUUCAUCGACAGCCCUGUGUUUCGUCAUAUUGAGAACAACAUCUAUGGAGGGAACCGAGCGGACAUUUUGAAAAGAAUGGUGCUGUUUUGCAAAGCAGCUGUUGAGGUCCCCUGGCAUGUCCCCUGUGGUGGUAUCUGCUAUGGUGAUGGGAAUUUGGUUUUCAUGGCAAAUGAUUGGCAUACUGCGUUGUUGCCAGUAUACCUCAAGGCUUAUUACAGGGACAAUGGUUUGAUGUCAUUUACAAGGUCAAUCCUAGUGAUCCACAACAUAGCUCACCAGGGACGGGGACCAAUGGAUGAUUUCUCCUAUGUGGGUGUUCCGCCACACUAUAUCGACCUUUUUAAAAUGUAUGACCCUGUCGGAGGGGACCACUUUAAUAUAUUUGCUGCAGGUCUAAAAACAGCAGAUCGUGUAGUAACUGUGAGUCGUGGAUAUUCUUGGGAACUCAAAACUUCUGAAGGCGGUUGGGGUUUGCACAACAUCAUCAAUGAGAUGGACUGGAAACUGAGAGGUAUUGUCAAUGGGAUCGAUACAAAAGAGUGGAGUCCACAAUACGAUGUUCACCUAACAUCAGAUGGUUAUACUAACUAUUCCUUGGAAAAUCUCCAAACUGGGAAGGCCCAGUGUAAGGAAGCAUUACAGAAGGAGCUCGGUUUGCCUGUCCGUCCCGAUGUUCCUGUGCUUGGUUUCAUUGGGAGGUUGGAUCACCAGAAAGGUGUUGAUCUAAUAGCCGAGGCUGUACCAUGGCUGAUGGGUCAGGACGUGCAGCUAGUCAUGUUGGGAACGGGAAGGCAAGAUCUUGAACAGAUGCUUCGGCAGUUUGAAGGACAACACCGUGAUAAAAUCAGGGGCUGGGUUGGGUUUUCGGUGAAAAUGGCUCACAGGAUAACUGCCAGUUCGGACAUUCUACUUAUGCCAUCGAGAUUUGAGCCUUGCGGGCUCAACCAACUUUAUGCCAUGAGCUAUGGGACAGUACCGGUCGUACAUGCUGUGGGUGGACUGAGAGAUACGGUUCAGCCGUUUGAUCCCUUCAACAAUACGGGGCUUGGGUGGACGUUUGAUAGUGCAGAAGCAAAUAAGCUGAUAAAUGCGCUGGGUUACUGCUUCUUGACCUAUAGGCAGUACAAGGAGAGCUGGGAAGGAAUCCAGAGAAGAGGGAUGACACAGGACCUCAGUUGGGACAAUGCGGCUCGGAAUUACGAGGAGGUCCUUGUUGCUGCAAAGUAUCAGUGGUGAGUCUUUCAGGUGUUUUAAGUACAUAGCUCAACUUAUAUGGCCUGUUCUUGAGCUUGGCCUGUACAUGCUGGAAUGAACAUCUAUCGCAUGCAAAAUCCAUGGGGCUCUCUCUUGUUUCAGGCGAAUGAUGCUAGUUCAUGUCUUUCUCAGUUGUCGUCCUCCUACAUUUGAGAGUUUUUGGGCCAAUUUCUAUUUGCGCUAGCCGUAUGCUCGGUAAAUACUAGUAGGCCAGUGGACCAUUUGGAAUCUACUGUUGUAUAAAUCCAUGAACGCAUCAGUGUUUUUUUU